UUUUGACAGCUAACAGCUGGUAAAAUAAAAGUAAAUAUUUAAAUGGUCGGAUUUUUGAGUAAUAAUUUUCAGUUUGCUUUAUAAUGCCUCAAGGUAGAAGAAAAGUCCCAUUUAGUGGAAAGGCCAAAAAAGAACAACUCAAAGCAAAGAGACAAUCUAAACAAGGCUCCCGAAACACUCCAUUUCUUCUUAAAAAACACGACGAAGGUGAGACUUCGGGUGUUGAUGUCGAAAAACUGAACUUUCAACCAACAAGAGAUGGAGGAUCCAGGCCGAACAGAUAUGCAUUGCAAUUUUUUAAAGAGAGCCAACAAGAAGUCUUGAGGCAGAAGGAGAUCGCAAGACACAGCUUGGAGCCCAAAGAAGAAAAGGAUUUAGAAAUAGAUGGAAGUGAGUACUUUGAUAAAGCUUUAGAUUUUCCGAAGAGGCCACCAUGGGAAUAUGGAGUGGAGAAGAAUCAGCUAGAGGCACAAGAACAUCGUUACUUCACGGAAUAUAUCAAGAACAUUCAAGAGAAAUAUGACUGGAAAGAGUUAAGUCUAUUUGAAUUAAAUCUGGAAACAUGGCGACAACUAUGGAGGGUUCUGGAAAUGUCAGAUAUUGUGUUGUUCAUAGUUGAUAUCAGAUUCGCUGCACUAAUGUUUCCUCCAUCAUUAUACGAAUAUGUAACUGAUACACUAAAGAAGAACUUUAUAUUAGUAAUAAACAAAAUAGAUCUAGCUCCUCCUAGUUUGGUAGUGGCAUGGAAGCAUUAUUUUAAGGAGAAGUACCCAAAUUUGCACAUAAUAAUGUUCACAACAGUUCCUGGAUACAAUUUGCAGGGCAAGCAGUCAAAUGUUGCAGGUCUUCAAGUAAGAAGAAGGAAAGGCAGAAUACGCAUGGCAGCCGAAGGUGCCCAACAGAUUCUAGAAUCUUGUAAGAAGAUCGUCGCUUCUCAAGUAGAUUUAUCUUCAUGGAGCAACAAAAUUAAGGAGGAGAUGAAUGUUGAGUACAACGACCAAAGCGAGGAUGUCGACAUAGGAGAAAUCGUUCACACCAAAAACGUGGACACCGAGUUUUUCCAGUACGAGAAGUUUAACAAAGGAAUACUUACUAUUGGAUGUUUAGGCCAACCGAACGUGGGGAAGUCUUCAGUGAUGAACGCUUUGAUGGGAAAGAAGGUUGUUAGUGUAUCUAAAACGCCUGGGCACACUAAACAUUUUCAGACCAUAUUCCUCACGUCCAAUGUUAGACUUUGUGAUUGUCCAGGCUUGGUGUUUCCGUCCAAAGUUACUAAACCGUUACAGGUGUUGAUGGGAAGCUUUCCAAUAGCGCAGUUGAGGCAGCCAUUUACUACUGUUAAGUAUAUAGCUGAAAGACUGGAUCUAGUGUCCAUUCUGAAGAUUGAGCACCCCACCAACGAUGACACUUGGUCAGCUAUGGAUGUAUGUGACGGAUGGGCGAAGAAGAAAGGAUUUUACACCGCAAAAGCAGCCAGAUUGGAUUCUUAUCGAGCUGCUAAUAGUUUGCUGAGGAUGGCUCUGGAUGGAAAGAUUUGUCUGUGCCUCAGACCCAUUGGUUACUCAGAUAAGCAAGAUUUCUGGAAACAACAUCCUGAUGUUAAAGUUGUAGAAUGGAUCCUAGCAAAAUCUGAUGUUGAAACUGAAGAAUGCACAGCUUAUGACAGUGAUAGUUCCGAAGAAUUGCCAAAAAUAUAUGGUGUAAAUCAACAGAAAGUUGAAGAGUCCAAUAAGAGUCAAGAUGAGACUGAUACAGAUAGUGAUGAAGAUGAUGAAGAUAUUAGACUUACUAAAAAUAAAUUUGCAGCUUUAAGUGCAGAUUUGAACUGAUUUGUGUAAUACAUAUAUUAUGUUCAGUCCUGUUUUUAUUGAAAAUAAAAUCUUUUUGUUAUUUUU